GGGCAGGCCUCUUCCUGCUGGCGGCUCACUGUGACGGUUCUGGAGGCACGGAGGCUGCGCAGGGCUGACCUGUGUGAUGAGUGAGACAGACCGUAUGUGAUCCUGCAGCUGCCAUCCGCUCCUGGAAAGAAGUUCAAAACCAAAACGAUUGCCAACUCCAGUCAUCCUGUGUGGAACGAGACCUUCAGUUUCCUCAUCCAGAGUCAAGUCAAGAAUGUUCUGGAGCUGAGCAUCUAUGACGAAGACUUAAUCACAAAGGAUGGCAUCUGUUUCAAGGUUUUCUAUGAUGUCUCAGAGGUCCUCCCUGGCAAAGUGCUCCGGAAAACCUUCUCCCUGGAUCCCCAGGGACAGGAAGAGCUAGACGUGGAGUUCCUGAUGGAGAAAACGUUGGACCCUCCAGAAAAUCUCAUCACCAACAAUGUCCUUGUGGUCCGAGAGCUGUCACACCUAGAUGUCUGUCUGGACAGAGCAGAAACCACAGUUGAGGCAGCAGGUCAGGACAAGCUGGAGCUGGAGCUGGUGCUGAAAGGGUCCUAUGAGGACACACAAACAUCUGCCCUGGGCACAGCCUCUUCCACUACCUUCAGCUUCCACUACCUGGCAGCCCAAGACUCAGAGCUGAGUGUGUGCCUGAGGAGCUCCAGAGGCAAUGCCUGUAACUCAGACACUGUAGGUGGGCACCUCACUGUGCCUCUGAGGUCCUUGGCCAUGGGGAAAGAGGUGACUAUGGAUUUUCCUGCUACAAAUGCCCCGGAACUAAGGUUGCAGCUCAAGGUAGACAGCUGUCCUCAGGAGCUGACCAUGCACCUGGGCUUUGACCUGUGUGCAGAGGAACAGGCCUUCCUGAGCAAGAGGAAGCAGGUGGUGGCCAAGGCCCUGAAGCAGGCCCUGCAGCUGGACAGAGACCUGCAGGAGGAUGAGGUCCCUGUUAUAGGCAUCAUGGCCGAAGGAGGAGGUGCCCGGGCCAUGACCUCGCUCUAUGGACACCUAUUAGCCCUGAAGAAGCUGGGCCUCCUGGACUGUGUGACAUACCUUGGUGGCAUCUCGGGCUCUACGUGGACAAUGGCCCACCUGUACUGGGACCCAGAGUGGUCACAGAAGGACCUCAAGGGACCCAUCAGCCAUGCCCGGGAACACUUGGCCAGGAGCCAGCUGAAGGCCUUCUCCCCAGAGUGCCUGGCGAGCUACCACCAGGAGCUGAAGCUUCGGGCAGAGCAGGGGUACCCCACGACCAUCGUGGACCUGUGGGCCCUGGUGCUGGAGUCCAAGCUUCACGGCCAGGUGACAGAUCACAAGCUGUCAGAACAGAGAGCUGCACUGGAGCGGGGUCAGAAUCCUCUGCUCUACUUGAGCCUCAAUGUCAAAGAAAACAAUAUGGACACCCUCGACUUCAAGGAAUGGGUAGAGUUCUCCCCGUAUGAGAUCGGGUUUCUGAAGUACGGGGCCUUCAUUCCCUCCGAAUUCUUUGGCUCUGAGUUCUUCAUGGGGCGACUGAUGAGGAGGAUCCCUGAAUCUCAGAUCUGCUUCCUGGAAGGGAUCUGGAGCAACAUUUUCUCCUUGAACUUGCUGGACAUCUGGUAUGACCUCACCUGCUCUGGAGAGGACUGGAAGCAGCACCUCAAGGACAAGGUGGGGAACACAGAGAAGGAGUCCCCCACCUCCUCAGGGUCAUACUCAUGGAUGGAGGCCUCGUGGCUUCAGCCUGGAACGACAUUGGCUCAAGCUUUUAGGGGCUUCCUGACUGGCAGGCCCCUGCACCAGCGCACCACCAACUUCCUCCACGGCCUCCAGCUGCACCAGGACUACUGUGGCCAGAAAGAUUUUUCCACCUGGGCAGACUGCCAGGUGGACUCCACCCCCAGCCAGCUGACCCGGGAUUCCCAGCUCUGCCUCGUGGAUGCCGGCUACUUCAUCAAUAACAGUUGUCCCUCCAUGCUCCGGCGGGGUCGCCAGCUGGAUCUCAUUCUCUCCUUCAACUACUCCCUAUCCUCUCCCUUUGAGGCGCUGCAGCAGACGGAGCUGUACUGUAGGGCCCGGGGACUGCCCUUCCGGGUGGAGAUCAGCCCUGAGGACCAAUGCCAGCCCAGGGAGUGCUACCUCUUCUCGGACCCUGCCUGCCCUGACGCCCCUGUCCUGCUGCACUUCCCACUGGUCAACGAUUCCUUCAAGAGCUUCUCAGCCCCUGGUGUCCGGCGCAGCCCCACCGAGCUCCAGGCCGGCCAAGUGGAUCUCAGCAGGGCCACCUCCCCCUACACCCUGUUCAACAUGACCUACAAGGAGGAAGACUUUGACCGUCUGCUGCAGCUCAGCCACUACAAUGUGCAGAACAGCCAGGCCACCAUCCUUCAGGCCCUGAGGACCGUUCUUAAGCGCAGGGUGCCAGCGGCCUCCACAGCUGAGCCAUCAGGGGUGCAGAUGUGA